GGAAAUAAAUUAGUGGAUGAUUUUAAGAACUUUCUAAAUUCUGGCCAGAAACAAGACUCGAGUGCCGGUUCCCAAAGAAGUGAUUCACUAAAACCUAAGGAGAACUUUUUUAAUGACCUUUCCAAGAACAAUGUUGAUGCAGAUGCUCCGGUAGACUUGAAUGGGAAAGGAGUCUGGGGGAGCAACAAUAAACCUGCUGAAUUUGAAGAGGAAAAACGAGCAGAGUCUGGUAGCAAGCGCAGGAUGUUUUUUGAUGAGAUGAACCAACAAAAGAAGCAUGAGAGAGAGGCUGCUCAUUUUGCUGAUAUAAAUGACAAAGCGAGAGCUUCACACAUUACCCUGACAACAGAAGAGGGUUCAACUGCCGAAAAUGAAGAUGUGGCGGAGUCUGAAGUAGAGGGUUCAACAUCAAGGCUGGUGCUGCAGCAUGAUGAUGGCUCCAAAAGAUUCAUUGGAAUUGGGGGAUCUUCUGAUUUUCAAAAGGAGGUUCGUGGAAUUUCUGAUUCAAAGGUUGUGGACCUGAAUGGGCAAAAGAGA